AACAAAAAAAAAAGCUCACAGCUUUUCCAUCUUCCAAACAUCUCUGAUUGUUUCUUAGGUUUUGCAAUGGACUCCCCACAAUCUGUUGUUUCACCAUUCAAGAUUGGUGAGUCAGAGAAUGAGAACUCAAAUUCUGUGCAGAGCUCUGGAAACCGAUCGAAUGGCAUAAAUUCCAAUGGGAAAGAUUCUAAAAGUUGUGGCCGGCAAGACCUUGUUGGUACUCUUGAGGUUUAUGUCCAUCAGGCAAGGGAUAUCCAUAACAUUUGUAUAUAUCACAAGCAAGACGUUUAUGCCAAGCUUUGCCUUACAAGUGAUCCUGAAAAGUCUGUCUCAACCAAAAUCAUCAAUGGUGGUGGGAGGAAUCCGGUAUUUGAUGACAAUGUUAAGCUUGAUGUCAGGGUUCUGGACACUUCCCUCAAAUGUGAGAUUUACAUGAUGAGCAGGGUGAAGAAUUAUCUUGAAGACCAGCUGCUUGGUUUUACUCUGGUUCCUAUGUCGGAACUGCUCUUCCAGAAUGGGAAACUCGAGAAAGAGUUCUCUCUUUCUUCCACUGAUCUGUACCAUUCGCCAGCUGGUUUUGUUCAAUUGUCACUCUCCUAUAAUGGAUCCUACCCUGAAGUGAUGGUUCUUCCCUCUAUGCCUUCGUCUAUUUCUGUUGAUAAAACUACCAAGGAUCCAGAAGGGUCUGAAUCAGCUCCGGGUGAGUUGGAUAAGAUAGAGUUUCCAGAUCCUAAUGUCGCUAAUGAAAAUGAGAAGAUGGUUUCCGAGUAUUUUGGGAUCUCCUGUUCCACUAUUGACUCAGAAACUUCUGACAGCUUGGUUACUUCCGAUGCUGAGAAUCAUGUGACCAAUUCUGUCACUUCUAUACUGAAGCAAGAUUCACCUGAGAGCAGCAAUGGAACAAAUGGAGCUGCUUCUCCCCAUGCUUCAGCUCACUCCGCCACAGAAACACCAAACCAUGAACAUCUCUCUGUCGUGAACUCCAAAGCGAGUUCCCAGGAGUCAGGGAGCGAGGUUUCAGGUGAGACAUCGGAGGAGAAGAUUGUGAAAUCCGUCCUCACUGUGAAGGUUGAGCCAGAGUCUAAGGUGGUGCAGCAGGAUAUAGUCGACAUGUACAUGAAAAGCAUGCAACAGUUUACUGAUUCACUGGCUAAGAUGAAGCUUCCUCUGGACAUUGAUAGCCCAACAAAAUCAGAGAAUUCAAGCUCUGAUUCUCAGAAGCAGCCAACACCGAAGAGCAACAACGGAUCCCGUGUGUUCUAUGGGAGCAGGCCUUUCUUCUGAGCAUCUGUUUUACCAAGUUCAGAGGAAGAACCCAGGUCACUCUUAGACUUUUCUAAUGAAGAAAGACUAAUCCUAAUGAUGUAAUUUUAUAAUGUACUAUUUGAUGUUGUAUCUCCCAUCUGGUCAGCUUGAUGCUUUAGUUGAUGUGAGUUAUUAUUAUGUAUCACUAGCCUUUACUCUAUUAGAACUAUGUCCGCAUUAUAUGAACUUCUGCUGCCUAAUCAUGUUUGUAUUUUCUGAGUUACUGAUUUUUACAUCCACAAGAAUCUUUAAAACAUAGUGAUAAAUGCUAAGAUUGCUU